CGAAGGCAGAGACCAAGCUCCCGACGCACCCAACUCAUCCGCCACUGCACAUAUCCAAAAUGGGCUGGAAGAACGUUAGCGCUGUUAUCGAAGGUCGCCUCUUCCUCGGAAACCUCGUCUCUGCUCAAUCGACGCGCUCGCUGACCGAGCGCCGGAUCACCCACAUCGUCUCCGUUUGCACCGACCCCAUCCCCGCCGAGCAUCCCCAGUCGGGCAUCCGUCACAUUCGGAUCCCCGUGCAAGACUUCGAUCACGAGGACCUGCUCAUAUGGAUGCCACACGCCUGCCGCUUCAUCGACGAGGCCCUCAGAGCCGGCGGCGUCGUCCUCGUCCACGGAGUCUACGGGCUCUCACGCAGCGCGACCAUAAUGGCUUCAUACUUAAUGUACUCGCGCCGAAUUAGCUCGACAGACGCCCUCGACACCGUUCGACGGGCCCGCGAGCAGAUCUGGCCCAAGGCGGGCUUCCUCGAGCAGUUGUCGAUGUUCGAGAUGUGCAGAUACGCGCCGUCGAUGAACGAAGGCAUCUACGUCCGUUGGCGCCAACACAUGGAUCGCCGGCUCCAGGGCGGCAGCUGAGCAUGCACCCUUCCCUGGUCGCGGCGUCGACCACAGUCCUCUAGCUGCUCCCCAAAAGCUCGAGAUCGAGCGACGCGCUUUCUUUCUUGCUAGGCUCCUUGCUCUCCCAUCUUGUCUCUUGCAUACGCGCUUUCUUAGACUCUCCUCGCUUCCCUCCUCUGCUCCUCUUGCAUAGUCGUAGCGUUCUGUAAUAUCCCCUCUCGAGUCCCAUUGUUGGACAUACAUAGAUCACACGCCGCAGUGUAAGUUGUAGAUAUAUUUAUCGCUUGUAUGUACCGCUAUGCCGUUCUUGCUCUACCCUGUACCGUGUCCGUUGUACAGUCUAGUCUUGCGUUAAUACUACGCCCUCCCUCGGUCGUCCUUGCACUACUACUGCACACUGUGUCUUUCAGCGCCGCUCGGGUCUCGGUUGCCUUGCUUGGACUAGCUCGACGGAACGACGGGGCUCUCCCGC